UGCUGCACGAGCGACGGGACGGAGGGCUCGCGACACUCCCGCCGGAGAAGACAGUCAGACAGUAAUGAUGCCCGCUCAGAUGCCUGACCCCGUGGUGCCGGCCGGUUCUCUGCCAGGUUUGGCUCCUCUGGCCGGCUUUCCGGCCUCCACGCUGACGGAGCAGCUCAAACUAGCCGAGAUGUUCAGCCUGCGAGGGUCGGCGACGCCCAUAGAGCUCAUACACCCCAGCAAACGGCCCUUCAGCCUCCUGCAGAGCGAGAUGGCUGAUGAAGAUGAGAGGAGGAAGAGGAGGAGAGAGAAGAACAAAGUUGCAGCAGCGCGCUGUCGAAACAAGAAGAAGGAGAGAACGGACUUCCUGCAGAAAGAGUCGGAGCGUUUGGAGCUGGUGAACGGGGAGCUGAAGGCUCAGAUCGAGUCUCUGAAGCAGGAGCGUCAGCACCUCAUCCUGAUGCUCAACCUGCACCGGCCCACCUGCAUCGUCCGCACAGACAGCGUCCAGACCCCCGAGACGGAGCAGAACCCGCUGCUGCAGCAGCUCCCCGAUCACUGACAACCCCCCACCCCCCCACUGUGUUUACACCUGUUUACACUGCAGACUCUUUCACCCAGAGCACCUACAGAAUCACAGCUGCUGGGAUUAAACUCUCCACCAGCUGAGAGACGGAGAGGAACCAGGACUGAACCUGAGGCACAAAAGCCUUUCCUACCAAAGCUGCCUUACCGCCCAGUCUCGGGUGGGCUACGGUCAUGUGCACAAGUUUGCACACCCCUGGUCAAACUGCAGGUCAUUGUUGAUUUUCUGAGUAAAAUAUCCUCCACAUUAUUACUGUUUAUUUGCUCAGUUUAACACUUUGGGGGAAAUCUAACCUAAAAUGUGGCCUGUUAUUUGACUGGGGGUCUUCUUUAGGAGCUUCAAGGCUGACGUAGCCCGUCGUGUGGCCUUGUAGCUCCGACAGAUUUGCUUGUCUUUUUUUUUUUGUUUAUCUCUUCAGACGCAGGACGUCAAUGAACUUGACGGGACAUCUUGCCGAUUUCGUCCCUUUCUAUGAACUGAGAAUGUGUUUUGUUUGGUCUCCACGAAAGAAUCCGUGUCUUCCUAAAGGAGGGCUUCUCUCAGUGCGGUCGGAUGGGGUGUGGUCUCGACUCGUCAGCAAAAAAAACAAAAAAAAACUGUUGUUUUUCACUUUUCCACUGGUUCUGGUUCUGACUGUAAACAAUAAGCACACUUUGACUGACAGCCUUAAAGCCCCGCCCCCUGUAUGAAGGAUUUUUCCCGGUGAGUCUGCUUGGUUCCUGAUGAUACUGCUUGGACGUGGAGUCUGUGCAGAGAAGGACAGACGCAGCUAUACGGGACGCUGUUUCACUCAUUCUGAACCAGAGAUGGGUGAUAUGGCAGAAAAAGAACAUCACAAUACUCAAUACUUGAUCACAUUUCCACGAUAUACAAUAUGUAUCGCGAUAUUUAUCUUUUCUGAGGUCAACAAGUGACACUAUUACAGGAUAAACUAGGGCUGAAUCUCUUUUCACUCAAAUGUAGUGCCUCUAUUAUAUAUUAUAACCUAUAUAUGUAUAUGUAUAUGUUUAUGUAUAUAUAUAUAUGCACAGUGUGGUUUAUGCAGUCACUGCACGCUGGCUGUUGUUGUUUACAGGCUCUGUUAUUGUUCUUUAUCUGUCUUUUCAUGUCCCAUUUACUUGUUCAGUGUUCUCACACACUCAGAAAAGAGUAUCGUGGUGUAAUUUAUCACAAUAACGAUACAUAUUGUCAUAUCACCCACCCCUACAUACUGAACUGAAAGAAUAGAUUCAACAGCUGAUAAUGGAAGUGGACCUUUAACAGACCGAAGACCCCCAAACUCUGGUGCUGUGCAUUGGAAAAGCUCUGUAAGAGCAGCUGUGUGGGCUGUUUCGGUGGUUAAAGCCGAUUGAAAGGGUCUUUUAUGCAUUAAUGCCAAAUAUUCUGAAUAGCCAUCAGAUGGCGCCCUCUGAUGGCCUCCUCUGUGUACUGACGCUGGCGUUGCUUUAAACACGUGUACUGAAUGUAUAGUGGUAUUUUUUACUUGGUGCAUGUACUGCAUCCUACACUCUUCUGUUACUGUUAAUAUUGUUCAUAUUGUUAUUAUAUAUCACUGUACUGUUAUCACUUGACGUGGUAAAAUGCAGAUUUGUGUUAUUCCGAGCGAUCUUCGGUGUUGAUCGGAGGGCUCGAGCGGUUUCUGCUGUGCGGAGUCGCUGAGCUCGUUUGGUUUCUGAACAAUGUCUUUUGUUAUAUGGAAGAAAUAAACUGAUAAAACAUA